AUGUCGGCCGUGGCUGAUCAUGCGCUUGAUCCAACGCAGCAAUGGACAUUAAACAGCACAAACGAGCCGGUCGUUCCACCAACCAAUAAUUCUAUCAACGGCAGUAACGUCAUCGACGGCAACAACUCUAAUAUCAUUGACAGCCCGUUUGAUAUUCGUCACGAUAACGGCUCAACAUAUAUUACUCCACGUGUUGUCAACUCAAGUUGGACAGAGCUCAAAAUUGGCGUCCUGUUACCCUUUCAUCAGAAUUCGGAUCCGUGGACGCAGAGACUGACCCUUAGUGGGGCAUCAGCGAUUCGCAUGGCAGUAAAUGAGAUUAACUCUCAACAACUUAUUCCUGAAGCUUAUAUCACAUUAAUUGAACGCGAUUCAUACCCUAAAGAUGUGGAUGGUCAAGCCGCAAUAACACAAGCAGUGUUCUCAACCGUCUCGCUUAUUCAAGAAGGCGUUGUGGGCGUCAUCGGCGAUAUCUCUUCAUCAUGGACAUCUUUAUCAGCGCUUAUGACAAGCACACUCCAAAUUCCACAAUGUUCAUUCACUGCAGUAGCAACUUCAUUAUCUGACAAGACACAAUAUGGGUAUUUCUUCCGUACCGUGCCUACUAAGCUUUUAUAUGCGGACGCUGCAUUGGCAUUUCUUGUCAGUCAAGGAUGGCCAUCAUUUGGCAUUCUAUAUGCUGACGAUGAUAUAGGGCAACAACUGUCCGAAAGCCUCAUUAUGAAAUCCAAGCUAAAAGGCGUUCAGGUCAAAGCAUAUCAAAAAUUCUUUGAGGAUGGCCCUGAGAGCAACAUUCGUGGGUCAAUCGAUAUUUUGAUGAACUCGGGAGUACAAAUUGUUUUUGUAGCCGCCGAAGGCGAGGCACAGCUCGCAGCAUUUACUAUUGCUGGGCAUAUGGGACAUAUCAACAACAACACAGCAUGGGUCGGCAUGGGGCGAAUAACCGACGAGCUAUACGACGCUGCACAGCGGUUCAACACAGCUAUUAAUCAGCGGAUUUUAGUUUCAAAACCACCAAGCGCAUUACCACACGAAAAUAACAACAACAAUGACACAGAUGCAAUCGCAUACACGGCAAAGACAACAUCUCUCCUCCGAUCGAUUCAAUUCAACGAAACCUUUUCUGGUGGCGUAUUUCUGUUCGAUUCAACGUUGGACCUUGCUGGGUAUCCUCCGUACGAUGAAUUUGCUGAUAAGUGGUCACAUCUAGAUCCUAACAUAGGGUACAAGGUGAAAAAGAAAGCAAACCAUACUGACAACCACACCGCCUACUAA